AUGGCGCAUGUGAGAGUGACAUCUGUCGAAAAAUCUAGUAAGAAUAGUCGCCCGAAAGACAUUCUCGGAUGGAAAAACGUGUCCAAUGACAUUGUCGAAUGGAAAAACUCAGCUGUUCUAUGGAUAGACGAUACAACCGGAGAUUACUUCGUUGCUUGGAUCUUUAGACAGCAACACUUGCUCUCACACAAGAAAGGAGAAGUUUCAUGGUUAAACCUGAUUCCACAAGGCACAGGCUCGGGUGGUUUACUUGAUGUAGCAUAUAAGAACAUGAAGCUAUAUGUGUUCACAAUUGAUUACCACAUUAAGAUUUUCGAUUUCUCUCGAGGGAACCCUAAUAAAGAAGAACAUGUCAAUAAUCCGUAUAGGAACUAUCCGUUUCAGUUCGUUGAGGAUCCGUGGGAAUACAUUUGGAAGAGGAAGAUAGCGAUUCGAAACUCGGGAGAGGUUUUGAUCAUCUUGAGCUUAAAAGAAAAGGAGAGGUAUGAACAUGAUGAAGAGAGACAUUUGUUUUACGUCUUUAGGAUGAAUCGUGGAACAUGGGAGAGAGUGUAUUCUAUUGGAGAUGAGAUGUUGGUGUUUGGUCAUGGGGUUACGGUAACAGCACCGGUUGGAGAUUGUUUUGGUGAUGGGAUCAAGAGUGGUUCAAUCUGUUUUGUCGAUGAUGAUGUUUGGCCAGACCAUCAAGAUCAUGACCGUCGUGCUUCAGAUUGCGGUGUCUUCGAUCUUGCCACAAGUAGAAUCGAAUGGCGUAAGAGAUUAUGCGUUUAUAUAAACAAAACUCAGUGGCUUGCUCCAGGAGUUGCUUAUUAA